AUUAAUUAGUGGUUAUUUAUAAUCAUAAAAAACAUUGAAAAUUUAUCUGUUAAAAGUAGCUUUUUUAUAGCAAGAAAGGGCUGUUAUUAUUAAAUUUUUUCAGUGCUUAUAAACUAUUUGGAAAAAGAUAUUUUAGCACCAAGAUAGUUGUAAGCAUAAAAAAGAGCAUAAGAAAUGAAGAAAAGUUAAAUCUAAGAGGGAUAAAAAGAUCCUGAGAAUAUAUAUAUGAGUGAUAUUAUCCACAUUUUAAAAGAUCAGAAACAAAAAAUUGACCAUCUAUUAAGAUAAACUAGAUAAGGGAUGUAAUAAAGCAAUUCUAAAGUAAAAGGGUUUUGGAAUAGCAGUAAUCAUCAAGCAGAGCCUUUUUCUAUACCAAGUAAAGUACUGAACGAUAUCUAAGGAUAUGAAACAAGCGCUGGUAGAAUAAAUAGUAUCUUGCAUAAAAAAGUUAAUCAUUUAAAACGCAUCACAAUGAAAAAAAAAACAUAUGAAGAAAUAGAGAAGAGAGAAAGAGAAAAAGAAAUAUUCGCAAGAUUUGCAACUCCAGAUGUUAGAAUGAAUAUGAGGAGCUCUGUAGGAUCAAAUAUUUUAGAUUAAAAAUAAAUUUCUAAUUCAAAGUAUAGUAAAAGAUACGAAACAGCAGCAAAUACAAGAGCAGGUAGCGUUCAGCUUGAUUUCCAAUAAGAAUGUCUAACCACUGAUGCCUGGUCUAAAAGAAUAUAAGCAGCUAAAGAAUAAUAAAAAAUUGAUGAAACACCUUUGCAAAGCAAUAAUAAUAAAACUAAAUAAAUUGGAAUACUGAGAAGGCGAAAUAACGAAUAAUUAAAAAGCAGCUUAGAAGAAAUCACUAAAAUUUACUCUCCAAGAUCUCAGCAAUCAUAAAUCAUCAAUAAGCAAGAUCAUAUACAUGGACAAAGCAUGAUUUUAGAUGAUUAAAACAUUAAUCGGAGUAGCAUAGAUGCUGCAAGAUAAACAAUGGAUUUAGGAGUUCUAAAUUUACAUUCCACAAGAAAUAAAGGAAAAAGCCAGGAACUAGAUAUGCUGCUUCUGAAAAACUAAUUUGUUGAUAAAGAAAAUAAUUAGUAAUAUUUGCUAAAGUAAGUAUAGCAAUAAAAUAGUAUUCUCACACAAAAGUAAAAUGAAAUACUUUAUAGAUAGCUUUUAGAAGAGUCAAAGUAAAGCUAGAUUAAUUAAAACAGUGAUGAUGAAAAAAUGACACAUAAAGAGUCUAAUAAAGGUUUUAAUUAACAAUAGAAAGCAUAAAACGCUUAAAAUGAAGAAAAGUCAGUGAUAAGUGGUGAUGGAUUCUUCUUACCUUCCUUAAAUAAUAAAAAGCGAAAAGAAGAUGAUUAAGAAUCUAACCAUAGUAAUUAUUUAAAGGGUGAAUCGAGCCAAGAUAUUAUUCACUCUACCUAAAAGAAAAAUGCAACCUAUGCUUAUGGUAAUAUAGCGACUCCAAAUAAUAGAUAUAAUUAAGAUUAAGUAUUAGGCAGUAAGGAUGCAAAUUAAUAAAAUUAUUCAAGAUUUGAAAAUGACGUAGAGGAUCUUUCUGCCUAGAUCAGAAAUUUCAAGAAGAGUCAAAGAAAUUAAUUUUUGUAAGGAGGUUAGACAAGCAAGAGUAAAAGGUCAUUAUCAGUGCAGUAACAAGCAAACAUUCAAAAUUCACAAUAACAACUAAUUGAUACUGAAGAUAGAUUUAACUUAUACAACAAAUAUAAAUAAGCUAAUUUAGCUGAAAACAGUUCGUUAAGAUUACCAAGUGAAAAUGAGAUUUACCCAUUAAAUAUCAUCAACAAUAAUAAGAAAGCAGAUGGUCAAAGCUUUUUUAAGAGGGAGUAAAUGUAAUAAAAGCUUUUUAAAGAGUCUCUCAAUAAUUAAGAAAAUGAGAGAAGGAUACCAGCUGCAAAGAGCAGUAUGAACUCUGUAGAGAGAAGCAAGCGGUACAGCUAUGAUUUGAAUUGUAAUUCAGUACCGCUGAAUACAAAUCAACCUUUUGAAAAUGAGAAAGUUUUAAAUGUAAACAAUAAUAUUAUUAACGAAUCGAAUACAAAAAAUAUUUAAAAGAACUAGGACCAUUUUAGUACAGUUAAUGGUAAUGGAAGCUCUUUGAAUAAUAAUCAUAUCAAUCUAAACUAAAAGCAGUAAAGGGAGUACACAUACUAAGACACUAAUUAGGCCAUUUACAAGAUUAAUAGCACUGAGCUUAGUGGUAAAAAGUAAACCUUAGAUGAAAUCGUUUAGGAAAGAUAAAAAAGGAAUUCUUAAUAUAAUUUAAAUCAGGAUUAAUCAGAAAACCUGAUUCUUACAUAGGACCCUCACAAUAAUUAUAUUGAUGAAGGACAGAAAUAAGGGUAUCCUAAGUAAAGUUCUUAAUAAAUGUAGCAUAAAGCUGAAGAUUAGUAUUAGAUUUGGAAUGAAAAUGAGUAAUAGUAGAAGUAGAUAUAGGACAAUAAUAAAGAUUUAAGUGAUAAAAAAAACUUAGGAUAGAAAGCAAGAGAAUAAGAGCAAGAAAACCUUGAUUAUGAAUUUCUUCCAAACUAAAUUAAUUUUACAGUCAAGAAAGAAGACUUAAAAUUAGAUUUAAGCAAAUUGGCGCAAAAAAGACUAAACCAAUAAGAUGUUGCAACAUAAAAGUCACAAAUUUAAGCAGAAUAAUUUGACAGUUAAAAAUAAUAACCGAUUGAAGCCAUUUCUAACGAAUAAAUAAAUCAAGAUCUAAAAGAAAAACUAUAAUAAAAUUUCCUACAAAGAUUAGGAAUACCAGGAGGUUUCUUACAAAUAUAGCAGUCAUAAAGUAAAAAUAACAAACCUAAAAAUAGAAAGAAUAUAAAUAGUAAUAUUUAGAAUAGAGAUGGUUUCUCACCCUCAAAAUAAAGUUCUGAUGGUGAUAAUCGAAAAGAUUAGGAAUCAACAUAUAGGCAAAGUAUUAAAUUUAAUGAUCCAAAUCUAUUCAACUAUCAUAAAUUGAUUGGAUGUGCAAUUCUAGAUGAUAAAAGUAAGAAAAUAAAGCCCUAUUAGCAUUAUCAUAGCAAUGAGAGGGAGAAGUUAGAGAAAAGGUAUUACGAAAUACUAAAUGAAAAACUAAAUUACUAAAUUGAAAUAAACCUUUUAUUUCUAGAGUAAUCUUUAUUAAAAUCAAAAAGUCAAACAAAAAAGCAACUUCUAGAGAAACUAAAGGCUUUCAGGCAAGAAAUUGUUGAAGCCUCCCAAUCGUAGGAAAAGAGUAUUCAAAAUCUCAAGAAACAAUACAAGCAUUUGAACAGUUUUAAUCUUCCUGAUAGUCUAUUUACAAUCUGA